AACAUAUGUUUACCAACAAACUCACUUUCAUAGAUUUGUUUUUCAGGAUAAAAUAUUCAUUAAACAAAUAAAUAGCUUCCAAAAAAGUACUUAAAGUGUGACGCAAGAAGUGUUUGUUUAUUCAGAGGUUGUUGACGUAGAGAGCAGGGUCUUUGAAAUAUAAAAAAAUUGUAUAUCACUUCAAUAAUUUGCUAUCAGAAAAAAGACUUUCAAGUGUCUCCUCACUUUUGCCAAGACAAUUAAUUUGAAAUUCGUAAAUUAAAUUAAUAAAAUGAGUUCCGCUACAUUGUCCGCUGCUAUUCAAAGUACUGCCGGAGCUGUGCCUGUACGCAAUGAAAAAGGUGAAAUAUCUAUGCAAAAGGUGAAAGUGCAGCGCUAUGUGUCCGGCAAGCGACCAGAAUAUGCACAGGCCGACAGUAGUUCUGAUGAAUCGGAUUUGGAAGAUUUCAUCGAUCAUCGCAAGCGUGCUGCGCAAGCACAACUUGAACGGCGCUCUCAGCGUGAACAUGCUGAGACACGUUCAGGUGAUGAAGGAGAAGUCGAUGAUCCACGUUUACGGCGCUUGCGUACGCGCCCAGAAGAUGCGGAAGAACUUGAACGAGAGCGUCGUGAAAGGCAUAGACACAUACACGAACCAGAGAUAGUGGAAUCAGAAUCAGAAGAGAGUGAACCAGAAAAACCCGAAGGCACGGUGACAAAUAAAAUCACACUCGCCUCUGAGUCGGACUCGGACUCAGAAUUGAGUGAAGAUGAGUUGGAACAACGUCGUCUGAAAUUGCGACAUCGUAUGUUACAGCAGCAGAAGGAAGAAGAGAUUUUGCAAAAGGAAGAGGAAAAACAAUCUGAAUCUUCAGAAACCGAAAGUUCUGAAUAUGAAGAAGAGACUGAGAGUGAGGAAGAUAACGAACCUCGCUUAAAACCACUUUUCGUACGUAAACGUGAACGCGCCACUAUACAGGAGAAGGAACGUGAAGCACAAAAACAAAAACAGCUGGAAGCCGAGUCUAAAAGAUCAGCAAAGGAGCGUAGACGUGCUACAUUGCGUUUGGUGGAGGAAAGCGUGAAGAAAGAUUUGGAAAAGGCUAAGCCGGACACAGCGGAAGCCUGUAUCGAUGAUGUGUGCACGGAUGAUGAGAACGAUGAAGUUGAGUACGAAGCAUGGAAAUUGCGAGAGUUGAAACGUGUUAAACGUGAUCGUGAAGAGCGUGAAAAUGCUGAACGUGAGAAACUCGAGAUCGAUCGUAUGCGUAACUUGACUGAAGAAGAACGUCGCCAGGAACUGCGUAACAAUCCCAAACUUAUCACGAACAAAGCUGCCAAAGGCAAGUAUAAAUUCUUGCAAAAGUACUAUCAUCGUGGUGCUUUCUACUUGGACGAAGAGAAUGAUGUACUGAAACGUGACUUUGCACAAGCCACACUGGAAGAUCACUUCGAUAAAACCAUUCUGCCUAAGGUGAUGCAAGUAAAGAACUUUGGUCGUUGUGGACGUACCAAAUAUACACAUUUGGUGGAUCAAGAUACAACGAAAUUCGAUUCCCCGUGGUAUGCUGAGACGUCAAAUAACAUCAAAUUCCACAAUGAGAAAGCUGGUGGUAUGAAACAAGUGUUUGAUCGUCCCACCUUGUCUAAACGCAAGAAGAUGGAAUAGUGGCAAUUACAUACACAUGCUUACAUACAUUCAUAAGUAUGUAUAAACAAUUUAAGAGAUAAGCAUUUUAGAAAGCUUUAGUUUUAGUGUAACAAUAGAGAUAAACGUUUCUUUAAAAUAAAUGAUGUGAUGAUAAUACGUAACAAAAUGUCGCACAACAAAAACUUAAAA